CUCGUCCUCCUCUCGUCUCGUCGUCUGUCACUGUCACCCACUCUCAUCACCUAACUUCACGUCACUCGUCUGUCAUCUCAAGAGAGAGAUCAGGAUAACCUAAAAUUAAGGGAAAAUGGUCCUCGAAGAAUACAAAGAUCUCGUGGCCACUGCAGCUGGUAUUACUACUGUAGCGCAAUGUUUUUCUCCAAUAUUCAUGUGCAAGAAAAUUGUUCAAAGUGGAACGUCGAAAGGAACCGACCCAAUGCCUUUCAUUGGGGGUAUGGCGUUGGCAGUGUUAUUUCUGAAGUACGGCCUGAUCUUAAACGAUCCUGCUAUGAUUCCAGUCAACAUAUUUGCAUUUGCUCUCAACUUCGGCUACACAAUCUGCUACUACGUAUACUCAACUGAAACGUCUCAGCUGUUCUCAGCACUAGGCAAGGCUACAGCGCUGGUGGCUGUACUACUAGGCUACACACAGUGGGAGGCCCAGGAACAUGUAGAGUUCAGGUUCGGCCUCAUCGUAACAGUUCUCAUGUUGGGUCUCAUUGGAUCACCCCUUUUGUCAUUGAAAGAGAUAAUCAGGACCAAAAGCACGGAAAGUUUACCAUUCCCACUGAUAGCUUCUGGUACUGUCGUCACACUCCUGUGGCUUCUAUACGGCAUCAUCAUAGACAAUGUGUUUAUGAAGGUCCAAAACGUCAUAGCCCUAAUCCUCUCAGUGGUCCAGCUAUCUCUAUUUGUAAUCUAUCCGAGUUCGCCUCCCAAGAAACAAGAGAAGAAGAAAAACUAGAUGUUGCAGAGAAGUAUUGCCGCGACUUGCCUUAGAUAAUGAUUUUAACAUCCAAAAUGGUUUAGAACCGUUCAGGAAUUGAGUACAAGAAUUUUAGCGGUACCGUAGAGUUUAUUACUACAUUUUAUAUAGUUACUAGGUUUGAUAUCUAGUAUUAAAUAUUCUAACUACAUAUAUGUAUUUUUAGAAAAUACAAAAUAGUUUGUUAAGAUUUGUUGCAAUGCCUAGUUACAGGGGUUUGCUAGGUAAGACAAGAGAUUUUUCUUUGAAUAUGUAGACUAGUUAUUGUCUAUCAUAUAAGGAAAACUGGAAUUCCAUAAUAUGUUUACUGUGAAUUAGUUUAGCUUGUCAAAGUAUAUCUUUUAGCGCUUGUAGUUACCAUAAAGCUAUGGUAUUUUAGAAAUACCUUCUCAAGAAAUUGAUGAGUUCUUUUUAAGGUUUUAUUUAGAGGAAUUAAAGACAUUAUGCUUAUAAUUAUUGGUAUUUUCUAAGUCUUACCUACAUUAUUGAUAUUAUUUUAUACAAAAAAAACUCGUGUUCCUUUAUCUGUGAUCAAAAUUGAUUUCAAGGACAAAUUUUCAUCGUUUCAUCGGUUGUGAUUGGCAUUAGUUAUGAUUUGUAAAUAAACCUGUUUGGGUCGAUUGAGGUGGACUGUUUUGUCUUUGAAGGAGUGUUUGUGAGGUUUUGUUGGUAUUUGAAAUGUAUGUAUGGAUUUAAAGCUUUCAGAUUUAUGUGGUAGUUGUUUUGGAAUUUUGCAAAACAGAUUCUUUGUGAGAACUUACGGUCAAAGAGUCUUGCCAAGUUUCAGUUUACAAAAAUCAUGUGAUAUAUUGCGUUAUAUUUUUUUACUACACUUAUGUUUUCAAAUAAGAUACACAUACUAAUAAGUAUAUAAGUAUGAUUUUUAACUAUAAACUGCUCAAGGUCUUGAGAUGUUUUAAACUCUAGAAUCCAAGCCAGGGGUACCAACUGGAUAAUUUAUAAUUAAAUUGACUGUUAUCUUACAAACUGAACAAAAAUGAGUUCAAAUUUUAUCUUGACGCAUGAGUUAACUUUUUAAAAGUAUUCUGUAUUGGUUAACGUUAACAUAUCUAUACUUAUUUAAUACGCAAGCAUGUUUUUUGUGACAAUUACUCCUCCGAAACUACUGAACCGAUUGACAUAUUUUUGGUGUCAUUGGAAAGAGCGUAACGUGAAGUUGUGCAGGAAACUUUCUUUUUAUGGAAAUAAUCAGAGAGUGAGGCCCUGGGGCCCUUUAAAGUUUCGUAAUUCUUUAUAAGAUUAACAUGGGAAACAAAAAUUGUUAUGCAACUCUAGCUGUUGUCAAAAAUUAAAAGUGAGAAGAAAAACAUAUGUUAAUUUUAAACAGUCAAUAAGUUGGCUAAUUUUACAGUUUGCUACUAACAUUUACUGACUUGGUUGAAAUGAAAUAUUUACUACUGUAUUUGAAUUCGGGUUGGCGUAAAUAUUACAAUAGAAAAAGCGAGAGAGCCUGGAUAAAUUGAUAUAUUCUGUUAUUUACAUCUUGAAUAUUUCCAUAAUCUUUGGAUCGAAUCCUUUAAAGUAUUCAGAAAUUAUGAACGUCAUUCCUUUUCAAAUAACGCCUCUAAUACUUAGAAAUUGCUCGAAUUCGAGCAACAGGGACACUAGUUCCAUAAUAAACAUUGAUUAACAUUAUUUACGUUUAAAUCAGUAUGUUUAUGUAGCAUGAACAAUGUAUGCAAAUGUUUUUCUAGUUCCUUUGUUGUAAUAUGAAGAGAAGGUGACAAUUCCAAGAACACAUUCCCUUUAUAUACAGUAGUCCCUCUAUUAACCGACCCCUUUUUAGCCGGUGAUUAGACUAUUUGCUCUUGCUUUGAAAAGUUUAAGGUCAUUGUGGAUUGAACACUUAUUGGUUUUGAAAUUUUCUUGGAUUCGUAGCAGUCUUUCUAGCUCAACCAAACAUUCUACUUUGCAGGUCUACAGUUUUUUUUACUAGACUAAAAUUCUGAUUGUAUAACCAGUUUGUGGUAUAUGUUCAGUGAAUGAUUAUGUUUGGUGGGUGUUAUUGUUAUUGAUACACUUUCAGGUUUUGGGGUUAAGUCAUUGUUAUUGACCAUAAAGUGAUGGUCUUCUUGGACCAUAAAGCAACAUGCAAGUUUUAUUCAAAUUUGUUGAAACCAAUGACCCUUUCUGUAAUUUAACAAAACAUUUUAAUCAACUUUAUACGUUAUCAGACCUAUGCUUGCCUAAGAUGGUUAUUAGAGGGCCUAUUGUAUUUAGUUUUUAGUUUAUUAUAAUAGCUUUGCAUUUGCAAUGGUAUUAAUGUGCCACAUUUAGUGUAAGUUUUGUCUUUUUUGGUUAAACCAAAUUUAUAUUUCUGUGGUCAAUUGUGAUCUUGUUGAAUUAAAACAAAAUUAAGUUGUUAAUUAGAUAA